GGCCGGGCCCAGCCUGACGCAGCGGCGGCGACGGCGGCGAAGCAGGCCACUGCCAGGGCACCCCGGCCACCAGCGCCUGCCACCCCUCCGCCUCCUCCUCCCGCGGCUCCCCGCGCGUGGGAGUGAGUGUGUCGCGCACUCGCCCAGGGUCACGGGCCCGGGGCACCCUCUGCACGCUAGCCCGGGCGGAGGGAGGCGCAGGAGCGCGCGCGACGGGCGGAGGCGGGGAAAGGAGCCGGAGAGGCGGAGGCGAGGGAGGGGAGCGAGGGAAGGGAGGGACCCGCCCGCCGCGCCCCGGCCGCCCGGCAUGUGUGGCCGCAGGCGCCCGUCGCCGCCGCUGUCCCGGGGCUGAGCCGCACCCGGGUGUCCGGGACAGUGCGUGCGCGAGUGUGUCUGUCCGCGCGGGCGAGCGCUACGCCGGCCCCGAGCCUCGCGCUUGCUCCCCCGGGCCGCGGUGCAUGUUCGCCUCUUGCCACUGUGUGCCGAGAGGCAGGAGGACCAUGAAAAUGAUCCACUUUCGGAGCUCCAGCGUCAAAUCGCUCAGCCAGGAGAUGAAAUGCACCAUCCGGCUGCUGGACGACUCGGAGAUCUCCUGCCACAUCCAGAGGGAGACCAAAGGGCAGUUUCUUAUUGACCACAUCUGCAACUACUACAGCUUGCUGGAGAAGGACUAUUUUGGCAUUCGUUAUGUGGACCCAGAGAAGCAGCGGCACUGGCUUGAACCUAACAAGUCCAUCUCCAAGCAAAUGAAAUCUCAUCCACCAUACACCAUGUGCUUUAGAGUGAAAUUCUACCCACACGAACCCUUGAAGAUUAAAGAAGAGCUCACAAGGUAUCUUUUGUACCUGCAGAUUAAAAGAGAUAUUUUCCACGGUCGACUGCUCUGCUCCUUUUCAGAUGCUGCCUACCUGGGUGCCUGUAUCGUUCAAGCUGAGCUCGGCGAUUUUGACCCCGACGAGCAUCCUGAGAAUUAUAUCAGUGAGUUUGAGAUUUUCCCCAAGCAGUCACAGAAGCUGGAAAGAAAAAUAGUGGACAUCCACAAAAAUGAACUCAGAGGUCAGAGCCCACCAGUUGCUGAAUUUAACUUACUCCUGAAAGCUCACACUUUGGAAACCUAUGGGGUGGACCCCCACCCAUGCAAGGAUUCAACAGGCACAACAACAUUUUUAGGAUUCACUGCUGCGGGCUUUGUGGUAUUCCAGGGAAAUAAGCGGAUCCAUUUGAUAAAAUGGCCAGAUGUCUGCAAAUUGAAGUUUGAAGGGAAGACGUUUUAUGUGAUUGGCAUCCAGAAGGAGAAAAAAGCCAUGUUGGCCUUCCAUACUUCGACACCAGCUGCCUGCAAACAUCUUUGGAAGUGUGGGGUGGAGAACCAGGCCUUUUAUAAGUAUGCAAAAUCCAGUCAGAUCAAGACCGUGUCAAGCAGCAAGAUAUUUUUUAAAGGAAGUAGGUUUCGAUACAGUGGUAAAGUUGCCAAAGAGGUGGUGGAGGCCAGCUCCAAGAUCCAGAGGGAGCCUCCGGAGGUACACAGAACCAGUAUGACUCAGAGCCGCAGUUCCUACUCCUUGAACAAACAGCUCAUCAUUAACAUGGAGCCCCUGAAGCCCCUGCUGCCUUCCCCCAAUGAACAAGAAGAGGAACUUCCAUUGGGUGAGGGUGUGCCAUUACCCAAAGAAGAUGUUUCUGCCCCUCUGAUCUCUAGCUCGCCAGUGAAGGAAGCCCGGGAGUAUGAAAACCCCCCAAAUGAAGAGGAAGAUAAAAUCAAAGAAGAGCCCCUGACCAUCUCGGAACUGGCGUACAACCCAAGUGCCAGCCUGCUCCCCACCCCCGUGGAUGAUGAUGAGAUUGACAUGCUCUUUGACUGUCCUUCGAGGCUAGAGUUGGAAAGAGAAGACACAGAUUCCUUUGAGGAACUGGAAGCGGACGAACAUGCCUUUUUGAUGGCCGAAGAGGAAGAGCUGAAGGAGGCUCACCAAGCUUUGUCGUGGAGCUAUGACAUUCUGAGAGGCCAUAUUCGGGUGAACCCACUGGUCAAGAGUUUUUCCAGGCUCCUGGUGGUGGGCCUGGGGCUCCUGCUCUUUGUAUUCCCCCUGCUCCUCCUCCUUUUGGAGUCAGGUAUUGAUCUCUCCUUCUUAUGUGAAAUCCGCCAGACGCCAGAGUUUGAGCAGUUUCACUAUGAAUACUACUGCCCUUUAAAGGAGUGGGUGGCUGGCAAAGUCAACCUCAUUCUCUACAUGCUGGGCUGCUCGUAAAGUUCGUAUCUCCUAUGACUAAGGGCUAUAUUCAAUACUAGUGAUUUUGCUUUUUUUGUUUUUGUUUCUGUAUUUUUCUGCAAAUGCCUGGUUCUGCGUGGUCAUGGGGCCAUGAACAGGUGUUCCUCACUCAUAACGGAUUAUUGAAAACUUUCAGUUAGCUUUCCAUAAUUCACUGCAGUUAAAUAAGUUCAAGUCAAAUACAGUUAUUUUAGUUAUAGGUCAGGAAGAUGGCCUUUAAGUAACCAAAAACAUGUUUAUUUUUUAUUAUACUACAGACAUACUCUUUAUUAUAUCAUAAUACAUAAUACAUUGAGCUGAAUUCGAUUUCCCCCUUUUUUAAUAGUUAGCACCAUUGUAAGGUUCUGGAUCAGAAUUUUAAUAACAACCCAAGAGAAAGUUUUUGAAUAUAAUCCUUAGUGAAAACAACGUCCUCUAACCGAUGCCUAUACAACUAAAUUUAUGCUGGGCUUUUGUUUUCUGUUUUUUUAAAAAUAUUUUUAUGUGUUCAAAAUAUUUUGGUAAAUUUUUAGCAAAAAAAGAAGCCUCCUGGAGUUAUUUAAGUGUACAGAUUGUUUAAGACUAAUGCACAAAGGGUAUGUCAGGAAUUUUUUAAUGUUUUGGCACUGGUUUGUUUUUUACAAUAUUUUUGGCUGAACCAAUUGCAUAAUUUGUUGUUACCUGCGUAUGAGGUAGGCAGACACUGUAGUAAGUAAGCUCUUGAAAUGGAUGAUGGAACUGGAGGAUGUAGAAACUGGGAAGACUCAAGUGGACACAGGGCGGUCCAUUUUUUCAAAGUAUUUGGACAAGAUGAUUUACUCCCUUCAUUUGCAUUCCAUCCAUAUAUUUUGGUUGGGAAAGAACGUUUUUUAAAGGGAAAACAGUUAAAAGUUAUGCUAGGUAAUUGCUUAUUAUUGUAUAUUAACCCAAGAGUAGACACAGAUAGGAACUGGGCAAGUAGCAAAAUAGGAGUUUGGUGAGGCUGCUGCUGUGCAGGGGUGGUAGGCAAACCAUCUUUUACCAAAGUGGUAGUGAUGCAUGGGUAUUGGAUGAGGUAAAGAAUGUGCACUUGCUGUCCAAGUUGAUGGGUAUAUGUUUAAGUGGAUCUAAGUCAAAGAGGAGAAACUGUAAGGCGUAUUUUUCAGGUCCCUCAUGGCUUUUACUGAUUCAAUGGGAAAAAUUUCAAAAGAAGUGUGUGUAAGAGAGAAAGAGGGAGAGAAGAUAUGGAAAGAAUGAAGUGUGGCUUUUUGAUAAAUGCUGGUGAUCUUCCUUUUUGGUGGCUGUUACCCUCUUUUCCUUCCCUGGUUUUCUUAAGAUCUUAAUUUAUUCCUAAUUGGGGCUUCCAUUAAGAAAGUAGAAGGGACUCAUUAGAGGAUCUCGCUUUCAGCUUGGGUGAAAUAGUAAAAUGACUCCCUAACCCGAUAGCAGAGGAAGCAAAUGUUCUAGUACCUUCCUUCAUACCAUAAGAUCCACAAUAGAAAGAAAGGUUCUGAUGCUUCCCUGGGCAGAGUACUUACCAAUACUGCGGUAUAAUUGAGCAAGAAAAGAGUGUGGCGUUUAGGGCAUAGUGCAUUGGGAUUUCUCCAUGGAUUGAGAAUAUUCUGUUGCCUUCAUUUACAAAGAGAUUGGGCACUUGUAUUCUCUCCUUAACCAUAAUAGAUGCUCCAACUCCACCAUUAGCAUCAUUUCUAAAUUGACCAUUCAUGGAGCUCUGGGUGCUCUAUUUGACAUAUAAGUUUGAAAAUAAAUUUUAAAAGUAAAGCCUUCAGUUGAACUAACUAGAAUAUACAUUGCUGUUAGGUUUGUAAGGUGUUCUCUCCCAUGUGCUUUCAGUGAUUUAUUUUGCUUUUUAUUGAAUAUUUAAUACCUGAAAUUUGAUACCAACAUAGAAUAUAUUUUCUAUAGCUUAUUUUGGAAGUUUCAAAUGGCCAGCUUUGAAAUUGAAGGGUUUUUUUUACCCCUUUGUCAUGACUUCCAACUCACUUUCUGACAAAAGGGCACAGCAGUGUAGUCUGCCCCAAAUUACCCCCCUCUUGUAAUCAUGCUUUAUAUCAUUUCCUUUAAAGUUCUAACCAUAACAAACCUAGCCCCUACCUGUUUAAAGUAGUAUUUUUUAAAAUUAUGGAAGUAUGUAAUAUAUUGCCCAUCAUAAAACCCUGAAAAAUACUGACAGGAUAAAUACUACCCAUAAUCCAACCCUGCAGAUGUAUAUUGGGGAGUAAUCAAUAUAUUUUAACAUUUCCAGCUAACAUCUGUUUUAGGCAGAAACUGGAUAGAAAUAUUUGUAAGCGAAGGAGUUAAAAGAAUAGGGUCUACUGAAUUUAAGCAAUAGCCACCAAACAUAAAACUGGGAUCCUGAAAUGCCAUUUUGUGGCAUUUAGAAUAGAAACAGCGUUUUAGAAAUACCCACUUAAUUUUGUUAGGAGAGAGUCUCCAGCUGCCUGGAUCAAAAGAGGAGAAAAGUGCUUCCAAAGAUGGAGAGUAUAUAAUAUAGUGAGAUACAGAAUUCAAAGCAAGUGUGUGAGUAUAUGUAUAUACCAUAUUAUCACUAUAGCUAUGUUUAUAUAUGAAUCUGUAUAUAUGUGUGUAUUUGUAUACACACAACUGAUAUGCCCUUCAUACAUAAUUGUGUUUAUUUUUCCCCAGUUUGAGGAGUUUGUGACAUGUUACUAUUCCUGUUCCCUCUCAGAUAUCAUGGGAUAAAACCCACAGUCUCAAAGGUUUCAAUUUUCCAUGAAAGCAACCAUGUGUACAUUUGUGGUUUAAAUACACACAUAUAUGGCAAAUACAUAUACACACACAAUCUUGUCUUUAGUGCUAAUGCAAGUUGGAUCUUGAAAAAAAAUGUAGGUAAAGUAUUGUGUAUUUCUGUCUGUGCUUGGAACAUACUGUAAAAUGUUAUGUAUUUGGAAUAUAUUUUGUGGUUUGUCUAAUAUUUAUAAAGACAACUCUGGGAAGAAUUCGAAAGGUGAUUUCAUUGAAAUACUAGAGAAAUGGGGGCCAUGUUACCUGUGAUUGGAGCCUUAUCUUUGUAUAGUCGAAUCUGCAUUUCUAUGUCAACAUCCAGAUUGUUUUAUAUGUUAAUAUGGUGGCAGGAAUCCCUAAUAAAAAUACUCUGGGGAAAAAUG